AUGUCUUUCCUUCAUGGAGUUCUUGAGAGUGUGAAGGAGGAUGAUUCAGUUACAACAUACAAUAAAUACAUUAAAUUAAAUAGUCAAGAUGAUUUACAUACUGUCCUUCAACAUCUCCAAUCUUCAAUUGGCCAGGGACGCAGUGUCUUUGGUGCCAAGAUUCAAGAGGUAAGUGGAUGGCUUAAGAAAUAUUGGACGCAGGUGAAUUCAUUAUCUCAUAAUGUUGCAGGUGAAUUAGAUGCGCUUGGCUAUAUGUUAUCAGGUAAGUACAUUGGUGAAAUUCAUGAGACGCAGGGUUUGGAAGAGCAGCUGACCGCAUGGAGGACUACAGUCUCUACAAUUUCGGAUGCGGUCGAGCGCAUUAAAAACGAUCACAUAUCUCACUUAGAUAGCGCACUUAGAAAUCAAAUGAACAAUAAUAUAAAACCGAUAGAGAAAGUAGUUGACCACAUAAAAAUAGUUAGCCACAACGCAGCCCUGUUCCAGCAAGCUACGCAGGUGGACAAUGAGCUGACGGUGCAUAAAGGGCAUCUUUUAAAUACGAUUAAUACGCAGAGUAGUGCGCUUGAACGUACGUUGGAAAAGGAGUACAAAAAUAUUUUGACAAAAAUAAAAGACACGACUGUUAGCAGGAAUAAGCAAUUCAGGAAUGUUAGGAAUGCCAUCCAGACUGCGCACAGAUUUUUGGAUGAACAAUAUGACAAUCAGUACAAAUAUAAACUUUCGCGCCAUUUUAAUGCUCUACAAAUGGAGGUCAAUAAUAUUCAUAAUGCAUUGUUGGCAAACAAAGUGCAUCUUACCGGGUUGGUCAGCGAAAUGCAGAAAACGCUGAAAGAGCUGUCCGAGAGUUUUGGAUCGAGUGUGAAAACAGCUGUUAAGUUAGAUUUGGGGGCGUUGCACAGUGCGAUUACUGAACUUGAUAGCAAAGUUAGCAAGGAUCCUGCUGAUGGUAAUAUUGUCAGUGAGCAGUUAAAAUCGCUCAAAUUGCAGAAAGAUACGCUGGAUAAGAUUACUGCCUCAGGUAAUAGUGACGCGACGAAUCUUGAAAAGAAAUUUGAGACUGCGAUCAAGGAGAGGCUUAGCGGUUUGGUUGGUGGUGUGGAUUCCGCAAUUAAGGCGCUUUGCGGGAGGUUUCAGCUCGAAGAUAAGAAAAACAACCUUGCGGGUAUUCUAGAACAUAUUAAAGGUGAAGUCGGAAAAAUUUAUGAGGGGAACGGAGAUAAAAAAGAUAAAGGCUUGAGAGGGGUAGAAAAGGCAUUUAGGACAUAUGCUAAGACAUUUAAAGAUGACGAUGGGCUUGCAGCUGUGGUACAAAAGUGGAUCAAAGAUAUAUUGGAUACGAAUGAAGUGGUCAGGAAGUAUAUUGCGGAAUACCUUAGGAGGAACAAGAAUAAUAGUGGUUAUUUUAAGAAUGGUUAUGUAAAUGAGACCAAGUUUGUAAUGGAGUCUACAAAUACCAAUGACGUUGCAUCUGCAAUUAAGGAGCAGCUUAGUCAACAAAUUCAGACAGCUCAGAAAGAAAUUUCUUCACUAAAUGGAGACAUUGUGGAGAACAUCGAAAAACUCAAACAAGGUUGUGAGAAAUUUGCAACGGAACUUAAUGAUAAAAUCGAAAAGGACAAACAAUUUGAGCAGAUUAGUAGAAUUUCGUUCGUAUAUGGCAUAGUUACGGCAAUUGACGAUGCAGUUAGGGAGAAUGGCCAUACAGCGGACAACACAACAUUUCUCUUCGAAGCUGUCCGUGCCAUUUUAGCUGCUCUCAUCUCCGCUGCCAGGCGUACAGCAGGCGAACUCAAUUCGAUACUCCUUGACAAAAAGGUUGGCGCCAAUCCCAGUACUAUCGCAGCGGAGAUCGACGGGGCUAAGAGUGCCACCAUGACGCUUUUAGAAAAGGUUACUGCAGCGGCUACCGCCUCCUGUAUCCUAACUGAUCCUACCUGUAACGUCGACUCCGCCAUCGGCAAAGUGAGUGACCAGAUUAAGAAGAUUGAGAAAAUUUUUAAAAAUGAAGUUAAGGAACAUCUUCACCAAGCAGUUGAGCGUUUCAACUCCGACGCCAUAAACCAAAUUACAGGAGCGGCCACAACUGCGAUUGACAACGCUGGCCAAAAAGUGAUCGCGGAGAUUAAGAAGUUCACCGUCGGCAGCAACGCAGAAGGCACGAAAAACCUUGCCGCGGCACUACAAAAAUUAAAAUUAGAGUUCGAUAAACUUAAUACGUAUAUUAAAUCAGGUGGAACAUCGGGUGAAAUUGACAAGAUGCUUGUCGCAAUUCAACAGCAGCUUACCGAACAUAAUGAAAUUUCAAAGGAUGAUGCCGAUGGUGAAAUAAACAAAAAGAAAAAAGAAGCCGAAAAUCUCAUGGACAAGUUGAAAUAUGAGAUCAAAUAUAUUCUUCAAGUUAUAGAAUCGAAUGUAACCGAUACCGACGACUUAUUAAAGGAGGCAAUCAGUGCUGUUUACAUGGCUGUUUACACAGCUAAUAAUAAGCUCAAACAAACAAUACAAAACGUAAAAGACGAACUCAUCCGUAUUGCCAAAAACGCUUUUGAUUCAAUAAUCAAGGAGGUAAAGUCCCUCUUCUCCGCCUCCCACGCCGCCGACCUCCAGGCCCUGCGCGCGCUCGUCGAAACGCAACUGCGGGAAGUGCAAACAGUAAUCGCGCGGGACGCAGUCACGGGCGUGAAGGGGAUGCUGAAGACGCUGAGUGGUGUCUCCAUUCACGCUAAAAAUAUAGAUUUCACUAAUGAAAACAAUUUGCUUAAUAAGCUUAAAAAGGAUCUGCCUCAGUCCCCUCCGCAAGGUCCGCCAGUGAAACCAACCAAAGAACAUUUCAAAAACUUAGCCUUCAAUUUCCAAGAUUAUAUUGAUCCGCUGCUACAGUACACUGAAGGCCAAGUAAAAGAUAAUUCGCAAGAUAAAAAUAAUCCUCUUCUCACUCAACAGUCCCUCCAAGUGAAGGGAAUUCAAAAUGCCGUUGAUGAUUUACUCAAACAUCUCAGUCAUCAUGAAGAGAGGCGUAUUGAUAAAGAUACAUCUGUAAAGCGUAUUUACAUUUUUGAUGACUUAUUCACUACACUUCUUAAACAACUCUCCUCCUCCAUCUCCGCCCUCUCCCCCUCCCACUUCCACGGCUUCCACAACCCGCUGCUCCUCGACGCCCUCAAGUCCGGCAUGACCAAAUUCACCGAGCAACUCUCCCACGCGUACGUGAAUAAGUAUAGUGGUCAAAAACCUAAAGAUAGGUGGGCGUUUGAUGGAUACCAAGUUGACACUAGGGAAUCCAAGCGUAUCAAUGAGUUCACUGAGGAGGGUCGAAAGGCCGCUAGAGUAUUCCUCACCAUUUCAAGAAUGAUAUACGAAAAUUUGUUUAAAUUACGAGAUGAAUGCGAAGGCCGCUGGAGCGACAAAUAUAUCUGCGAAACAGAUAGCAAGGGAGAUAAUCCACUUGGAAGUUUCCUGAAAGGCUGUGGAUUCCGUGUCGCCGAAAAUGAAGCAUCCAAGAAAGGGGAGUUGAGAUUUCCCUACACCCAAUUCAAAGGCGAGGGAAUUAAAGACUUGCUACCAUAUACCCCCGCCUCCACAUCCGUCAUUCAGCUUCUCGAAACUCUUGUUCCAUACCUUAAUCAAUAUAACCAGAUAGGUCACAACAAGCAUAUUCCGUCACCCAGAGUUCCAUGUUCUAUUUACGAAAUGCUUGCGUGGUGCUGUGGUCUCCAGUUCAACAGUGUCUAUGAGUUGUUAGUAAAAUAUUGUGAUGAGUAUGACACCAAUGAUACUGAUAAGGCGGCAGACACCGAUUUCAAAAAUCGUCUAUCAGACGCCGUUGAUCAUGGUUUACCUAUUUUAUGUAAGUAUUCACACAACUUGCUCAUAACCAUCCUCGGCACCGGCGACGAGGAUACCCUCUACGGUGUUGAAUUAUCGAACAACUCCCUUAAUCUUAAAUAUCCCACGAGCGGUGCAGACUGUUUGCAUACAUUGCUUGAUAUAUUGCGUAAACUAUUACCGACGUUACGAUUUUUAAAGAGUAAAUGUAAACUCAGUACUCAGCACGGAGGCUGGGAGCAGUGUGAAUACGGCAAGGACAUAGCUCCGGCCAACUGGCCUUGCAAGGACCAUUCAACCAAGGAAUCAAAUUGCCAACCUAUGUGCCGACCAAAUGGUGAACCUACGUGCCAACCAAAAUCACCACUAAUGUCUUACCUAAAUGACACAUUACCCGGUCACCUUCCUCAUGAUGUCAGUGCCAUCGGUUGUAGAGCUACAUGUAACACCUGUCCCAAAUCCAAGCCCGGGCAGCCAUGUUUAACGCCUCUCGGCUUUAGAGGGUUUUCUGGCUCUACAAGGACAGGCAAAGAGCUGUGUGAAGCGCUCGGCAGAUUCUUCAGCAGUGCCAACCUUUCACCGUUAUUCUGCAUAGCCCCAAACCACCAUCCACGCUACCAGAGCACUUCUCAUUUGCGAUUACACGAUCUUACUAAAGCCAUCAUAGAUGCCUAUGGAUCGGCGUCGGCUGAUCAUACUGAUUGCACGCAUCAUCAUCUUACGCAUCUCACGUCAUUCGGCGUAUGUAGUCGCAAGACCAAAAAUAUAGAGUGUGUUCCAUAUGUUUCACCUCUAUGCCGUUAUUCAUAUCAUGACCUCGUCAACAAGCAUGCCAAUCUAUACCUCUCCUGGUCCAUUUACCUCCCCUGGGCAUUUUGGGAGUGUCUCAAAAAUCUAUACGAUGAGUUCUGUGACAUCUUCUGCCAGGACUGGGGAUGCCGUAGUUGUCUGCGUGGCAACAAGUGUAAGCGUGGCAAGCAUGGUGUUGUCGAGGAUGAUAAGAAAGAUGUUACUUGUCAGUGUAAAUCCAUGGUACAGUGCAAAGGCGUUUCACCAACAUUAUAUAAAUGUGGAUUAAGUUUUGGUGAAGCAUGGAAAUUAAAUGCUGAGAGUAGGCCUAGAACGUGUUCCGAUUUCUGUAGUCAGUUAAAGAAUGUAUUACAUUCUGAUUAUUUCACAAAGCUAUUCGGAAAAUGUGAUGAAUUCCUAUGGAUCAUCAGAGAACCCUUCUCCUACCUGUUGUUAGCCCUCUGGUCGCUGUCGCUCCUGUACCUGCUGCACAUCACCGUCGUCCGCCUCGACGUCCUGAGAAUACGCUCACACCUGAGAUCACCUCAAGCCACCGCAUCGCCGCCCAGUCGCUGCUCGCCGCCGCAAGAGUCAAGGCACUCGCCAACGUCAAGUACUUCUCACCAUAAUCGUGCCUUCACGUGUGAUCUGUGUAUCACUCACCAACUCACUCACCCACCCACCCACUCACUCACUCAACCACCUAAUCACUCAACCACUCAACCACCCACUCACUCACUACUCACUCAACCACUCACCCACUCAACCACCUUCACUCAACCACUCAACCACUCACCUAAUCACCCACCCACUCAACCACUCACUCACUCAACCACUCACCCACUCAACCACUCAACCGCCGUACGCCCGCUGACCAUCGCCACUCCCAAUCUUUCGCUGGUCGCUGUCGCUAGCGGCCCCUUCCUCCACUCCAUCAUCGUCGGUCAUUCACCCAAUCCUCGUUUUCCUCCUCACUCAUAA